GUUUUACCUAAUACAAUAAAUAAAAACAAAAGACACAUUGUAUAAGUAUUUAAUUUCGCGUAUUUAAAAAAGUAGGUUACAAUCGAAUUAAUGUUUACCUCUCUAAGUAAAAGUUUAAUUCCUAAUAGUGCUGUGAUUCAAUCAAUAAGCAAAAAUUAUGCAAAAGAUGUGAAAUUUGGACAUGAGGUGAAAAAACUUCUCCUCCAAGGAGUUGAUAAAAUAACAAAUACCGUUUCAGUUACUCUCGGUCCUAAGGGCCGCAACGUGAUUCUUGAAAACCCAUACAAACCAAUAGUAACGAAAGAUGGGGUAACAGUUGCUAAGACGAUUGAUUUGCCAGAUCGUUAUGAAAAUAUUGGAGUUAAGAUAAUUCAAGGAGUAGCACAGAAUACAAACAAAAGAGCAGGCGAUGGGACUACUACAGCAACGGUACUAGCUAGAGCAAUAGCUAAAGAAGGAUUUGAAAAACUGACCCAUGGAGGUAACCCUAAUGAAAUAAGAAAAGGUCUCAUGAUGGGUGUCGAUUCAGCUAUUCAUAGGCUAGACAAAAUUACAAAACCUGUAAUUUCUGAAGAAGAAAUAAUGAAUGUUGCGACAAUUUCAGCCAAUGGCGAUCGUCAUAUUGGAGGGUUAAUUACUCAGGCUUUAAAUAAAGUUGGUAAGGAAGGUAUAGUAACGGUUAAAGAAGGAAAAGCAAUUACUGAUAGUUUUGAACUCAUUGAUGGUAUUAAAAUUGAAAAUGGUUAUUUUUCACCUUCAUUUACAAAUAGUCGAGGCAACAAGGUUAUUUUUGAAAAAUGUUUUGUGCUACUUUGUGACAUGAAAAUAAUAAGUGUUCGUUCGAUUAUACAUGCACUGGAAUCAGCAGCAUUAAAGAAAAAACCUCUACUUAUAAUAGCAGAAGACUUUGAACAAGAACCAAUCCUAGCCAUGGUGAUAAAUAAUAUGAAAGGCAAUUGUCAAGUAGCUGCAGUGAAAUCACCGGGAAUUGGGGAUUUCAGAAAAGAAACUCUCUAUGAUAUUGCAGCUACUACAGGAGGAAAAGUAUAUGGAGAUGAAGCAACAGAUGAGAAAAAAGAAUUAAAUUUCUUAAAAUAUUUUGGUUCAGCUGGCGAAGUAAUUAUCAAUAACGAAGAAACGUUACUUUUGAAGUGCAAUGGUAAAAAGGAAGACAUUCAAAGCCGAGCUGGGACAAUUAAAGGAUUGAUAAAACAAGCAGAUAAUGACCUUGAUGCAACUAAACUCAAAGAAAGACUUUCCAGGCUUCUGUGUGGAGUAGCAACAAUAAAUAUUGGAGCUGGCAGUGAGACAGAGCUGAGAGAGAAAAAGGACAGGGUAGAAGACGCCCUUCAUGCAACAAGAGCCGCUCUGGAAGAAGGUAUAGUUCCAGGAGGUGGCAUUGCACUUUUGCGUUGCAUCGAUGAGGUCAAUCGAGUCCCGGCGGAAAAUGCAGACCAGAAGGCUGGCAUUGAAAUUCUAUGUAAAGCUUUGAAGACUCCUUGCAUGACGAUAGCCAGUAAUUCCGGAUUAGAUGCCUCAGUUGUGGUAAACAAGGUUUUGCAAUAUCAAGACGGAAUGGGUUAUGAUGCUCGAGAAAAUAGAUAUGUAAAUAUGAUGGACGCGGGAAUCAUCGAUCCUACUAAGGUUGUGAAAACAGCUCUCCAAGACGCUGCAUCUGCCGCUUCACUACUGAUGACAGCAGAAGCCGCUGUAACAUUUAUUAUAGAAGGAGAUGAAAUUAUUCUCUGAUUGAAUAUUUCAAUGCCUCUGCUUUAGUGUCUAAAAUUUGUUCAUAACAUUUUAUAUUGAAAAAUAAUGGCGAAAUUAUAAAUAAACGUUAUGCUAAAACUA